AUGUCCGACGACCAGACCAGAACCGAGAACAUGUCUAUUGAGGUUGGCACCUCGCCAUCUGUCCUUGACGGAGAGCCUGCUGUCGCGCUUUCCUCGUCGCCUGCAGAUCGACGGGCCAGCACCGACGAAUGGGACGCCUCAAAAGUGCCACCGAGCCGCUUCCAGAAGCGCAAGGGUUCCAUCUACGCCACUCCCGGUUCUCGUGAUGGUCAUGUUGACCGCAAUUACGCCUCUAGCUUCCACGAGAAGCACACCGAAAAGGGCUAUACCAAGACGCCUUCAAAGUAA